UGGUUUCCACCGCUAUAUCCUUGAGAAUUUCAAUGGAGACACUAUAGACAAUCUUAGUGAACGUGAAGUGCAAGAAUUUGAUCCUCCUUCUGAGGUCCGAGCAUUGAUCGAGGGUCAGUUACUUUCUAUGAGGGCUCAUGCUGAAAGAUUUGGAAUGCCUUCUCCUCCAAAGCGGAUAAUAGCUACCGGUGGAGCAUCUGCAAAUUCUAGCAUUCUAGGCUCAAUUGCUUCCAUUUUUGGGUGUAACGUGCAUACGGUCCAGAGACCUGACUCCGCUUCACUGGGUGCUGCGCUGAGGGCUGCUCAUGGUUGGUUAUGCAACAAGAAAGUGGAUGCUGGAGACCAAGAACUUGUUGCCAAAUAUUCGUCACUGAUGAAGAAGAGAAUGGAAAUCGAGAACCGCCUCGUCCAAAAGCUGUCCCGUUGGUAA